UCUCCUCCUCAUCCUCCCAUUCGACUCGAUCCCAUUUACCAAUCUUUCUUCUGCCUAGAAAAAUAUCCGAGAAAUAAAAAAAGAUGUCUACUGAUCCUUGUUGUUUUUCCUCCUCCAUCCCUUUAACUGGCUAUCCCUCAACUGUCCUCAACUUUGAACUUGUGCUGUGCUUUCUACUGUUUCUUGCUGUUUUUGCCUUCUGGCUUACGCCAGGAGGCCUUGCUUGGGCACUAGCUGUUUCUAACAAGAAAUUGUCUUCCAAAAAAGAUGCUACUUCUGCUGCUAUUCCAGGGCCAUCUGGGCUGCCCCUUCUGGGGUUAGUCCUUGCCUUCACUGGCUCCUUGACUCAUAGAGUUCUUGGAAAGAUUUCCAGGAGCUUAAAGGCUGAAACUUUAAUGGCUUUCUCAGUUGGCUUCACUCGUUUUAUCAUUUCUAGCCACCCUGAGACUGCAAAAGAAAUCUUGAAUAGCUCUGCUUUUGCUGAUAGGCCUGUGAAGGAGUCUGCUUAUGAACUGCUUUUUCAUAGAGCAAUGGGUUUUGCUCCUUAUGGUGAGUAUUGGAGGAAUUUGAGGAGAAUAUCUGCUACCCAUUUGUUUAGUCCCAAGAGGAUUGCCUGUUCUGGGCUUUUCCGAAGAGAUAUUGGGGUGAAAAUGGUGGAGGAAAUCAAAGGGUUGAUGGAGAGAAAUGGUGAGGUUGAGGUGAAAAAAGUUUUGCAUUUCGGGUCCCUUACUAAUGUGAUGAUGAGUGUUUUUGGGAGAUGCUAUGAUUUUGAUGGGGAUGAUGGUUCUGUAUUGGAAGGUCUGGUUAGUGAAGGGUAUGAGUUGCUGGGGAUAUUUAACUGGACUGAUCAUUUUCCUGUUUUGGGAUGGUUUGACAUGCAAGGUGUGAGAAAAAGAUGCAGAGAGUUGGUGGCCAGAGUGAAUGUCUUUGUUGGGAAAAUCAUUGACGAGCACAGGUUGAAGAGGAUGGCUGAAAAUCGUGGUGGUGUUGGAAGAAAGCCAGCUAUUGAUGAUGAUGAAGGCUCUGGUGAUUUCGUUGAUGUCCUGCUUGAUUUGGAGAAGGAGAACAACAGCCUGACCAACUCUGACAUGAUUGCUGUUUUAUGGGAAAUGAUCUUUAGAGGAACAGACACCGUUGCAAUCCUUCUGGAGUGGAUAAUUGCAAGAAUGGUCCUGCAUCCAGACAUCCAAAGCAAGGCUCAGGCUGAAAUCGACUGUGUUGUUGGAACAUCCAGAAUGGUUACUGAUGCCGACCUCCCUAACCUUCCCUAUCUCCAUGCCAUAGUGAAAGAGACUCUCAGAAUGCAUCCUCCUGGCCCUCUUCUUUCUUGGGCUCGGCUCGCCAUCCAUGACACUCAUGUUGGCCGUCACUUCAUACCUGCUGGAACUACUGCCAUGGUGAACAUGUGGGCGAUAACGCACGACGAGAUGGUCUGGCCAGAGCCCGAACAUUUCAUGCCUGAAAGGUUCUUGAAUGAGGAUGUUGCCAUCAUGGGCUCUGAUUUGAGGUUGGCCCCUUUUGGUUCUGGGAGGAGGGUGUGUCCUGGAAAAGCUUUGGGCCUAGCCACUGUUCAGAUGUGGUUGGCUCAGUUGCUGCAGAACUUCGAAUGGAUUGCAUCUGGUAAUGUGGAUUUGUCUGAAUGCCUGAAAUUGUCAAUGGAGAUGAAGAAUCCUUUGGUCUGCAAGGCUGUUGCUAGGUUUUCUUGAAAGUUUGGCUGGCUACUUCUAGUUGAGUUUGGACAUAUGGCUUCUGGUGCUAGUUGGAUCUCGACCAUGAUUUUGGAAAAGCUUGAAUGGGGAGAUCAAAUAUGUUAAUUACUUAUUUUAGUACUGCUUGGUUUGGUAUAUUUUGAUUAUGGUGUCUAUCUAUCCUUAGUGGUGUUUCAAGUUUUUAGUAGAUUAUUACGAGGUUAACCAAAAACAGUAGGGAAGUAAUGGUAGUGUUCAAGAAAUGUCGCAGUACUUUUUUAAAUGUUUGCGCUGGUUUUGAUGGAAAAUUAAUGUAUUCCUGCGCAUGCCCUAUGUGUGUAAUAGUUCAAAUCUAGUGGCAACUAGCAACA